AUGCUUGUGGUCCGUCAUCCAGCAGAACGCAUAUUGUCUGCGUAUUUGAACAAGUUUCUCAAUCCCAAAUCAAGGAGUUGGCGAUUGAACAACAAAAAUUCUUUAAGAAUUUUCAAAUAUUUCAAUGAGUCAGAAAGUAUUACAUUUCAUCAAUUCAUCACUUAUUUGGCUAAAAGUUCUCUUGAAAAUCUGCCAUUGGACGAACACUGGACACCCAUGAGUGAACUGUGUUCCUUUUCUGUCGUGGAUUACAACAUAAUUGUUCCACUCAAUAAAUUGGAAGAUACUUUGACUGAGAUGUCAGCUCAAUUUGGAAUUCCUGAAGCAAUCACCAACAAAAUAUUAGUCCAAACAAGCAAGACAGAUAGCAUUAAACUUGUUAAGGACUAUUUCGGCGACCUUGACAGCCAACUUAAAUAUGCUUUUUAUAAAAAAUUUGAAGACGAUCACACUUUUUUGGGUUAUGAACCUUACCUUUAA